AUGUCCUCAGUCGUCGGCUUCCUCCGCCCAAUCCUCGAUGACCCCUCCAUCGAUGCUGUUUACAUCCCCCUUGUCGCCAGCUUACACUACAAAUGGGCCAUCAAGGCAAUCGCCAAAGGAAAAAGCAUGCCAGCCACAGUUAAUACAGCCGAGGCAGAGAUGCUAUUCGGAUCGCCACUGCUACGACAGCCCAAUGCACCUAUUCUUCUCGAAGCAAUGCACUUUCGCUUCCAGCCGAGUUGGCAAUACUUCCUCAGCUUGAUCGACCGUCAGAACAUACAAACUGUCAACACUAUCGCAGAGUUAGCAUCGUAUGUCAUACCCAAAGGAAACGCACAGCUCGAGUAUAAUCUAGGUGGCGGGACUAUGCUUCAUCUUGGCACAUAUCCCAUGUAUGUACUGCGUCAGAUCAUGGGUGAUGAGCCUGAAGAGUGUACGGCAUGCAAAGCUAGGAUACCUCCUCCACCGGGAGAUCUCUGCGACGAGUCCGCUGAGGUAAGCUUUCGUUUCACCGGUGGACGGGUUGGGAACGUUAUGAUAAACGCGCGAGCAUCAGUUACAUAA